AUGUGUCGCAUCAUCAACUUCCUGCUGGCUCUGCUGAGCCGUUUCCUGUUUGCUGUGCAUGGGGUGGUGACCGUGUGGCGUGUGGUCGCCGUCAAAGGGGAGCCCCUCUAUUGGCUGCUGCUGAUGGGCGUGGCUCUGCUGGGGGUGGAGAUGGCAGUCACCAUCAAGUGUACCCGCAAUGCAGAGUGGAAAUGGUUCUCCCCCAUGGUUUUCCUCUACCUCAGUACCGUCAUCCCCUCCAUUUGGUUCCUGGAGCUCAGCCUGCUGCAGUACAAGCUCCCUGUCAACAUCUCCUCUGGCCCCGAGCUAGAAGAGCUGCUGGCUCACAUCCCCAUCUCAGCGGACAUCUUGCAGCUGGACCCAGAGAACUGGGCGGCAGGGCUGGAGCAGACCAUGCUCAUCGUAUUGGUGCUGGGCCGCUGGCUUAUGCCCAAAGGAGACAUGUCCCGCGACCAGCUCUCCCAGCUCCUCAUGGUCUACGUGGGCCUGGGCGCUGACAUCCUGGACAUCUUUGACACCUUCAAGGAGCCCGAGGUCAAGACCAACCGGGCCGUUAUCAUUAUGGGCCUUGCCCUCUUUUCCUGGGCCCUCAUGCAGUUCCCCUUGGUUCUGACCCAGACCAGUCCCCCCAAGGCCCAUCUCCAGCCCUGUUUGUCCCAGCCCGGCUUCCCUCAGGAGGGAAGCGUGGCUGUAGUGGAGGGACUGCCUGGAGCUCCCCCCUCCUGCUAUACACCGUGCUGCUCCAGUGAAGUGUGGAGUCUGCUGUUGACUGUGGGGCUCCAGGACGGGCCGUUCCUCAUCUACCGCCUCUACCUCAUGAUCAGGGAGAACGUUCUCAACCAGCUAAUGAUCUUCUUCACCUGUAAAAACAUCCUUGUCGUCCUGCUGGAGUUCUACAGGAUCUUUGUGGUGCAGUGUGAGCAGCAGGGGGAGGGCUGCCUAGGGGGGCUGGAGGUGGAGGGAAGACGACAGGAUAGUGGAGAACAGAACUGCCAGAGAGAGGAGGGGAGGGAGGGACCCCACCUGGCAUUCCACCUGGACGGAUACCUGGGAGACUGGGAUGCAGAUGGUGAAAGUCGGCGAUGA